AUGUUGGUGCUUCUUGCCUUCAUCAUUGUCUUCCACAUCACCUCCGCGGCCUUGCUUUUCAUUGCCACCAUCGAUAAUGCCUGGUGGGUAGGAGAAGAGUUCUUUGCAGAUGUCUGGAGAGUCUGCGUCAACAACACGAAUUGCACAGAGAUCAAUGACAGCUAUCAUGAGUAUGCCACCCUGCAGGCUGUCCAGGCCACCAUGAUCCUUUCCACCAUCCUCUGCUGCAUCGCCUUCCUGAUUUUCGUGCUCCAGCUCUUCCGCCUCAAGCAAGGAGAGAGAUUUAUCUUAACCUCCAUCAUCCAGCUCAUGUCCUGCCUGUGUGUCAUGAUCGCGGCUUCUAUUUACACAGACCGGCGCAAGGACCUUCACACCAAGAACCAAGACUUGUACUCCCUGACCUCGGAGGGCAGAUACGGCUAUGCGUUCGUGCUGGCUUGGGUGGCCUUUGCUUUCACCCUCACCAGUGGUAUCAUGUAUCUAAUACUGAGGAAGCGCAAAUAA